CUCAACUCGUACUCACGUUCUCUUGAGAGGAACGCAAAGAAUUGUUUGAUUUCAGUAAAAAAUGGGUAAAACCAAAGAAGUUAGCUCAGAAGAGGAAAUCAAUAUAGUUGAUAACUUUGUCAGUUCAAUACCUCAAAAGAGGCAUAAGAAGCACAAGCAUAAAAAGCACAAGAGGAAGAAAUCAACCCACGAUGAAGAAAGUUACAUUGAUAUUUCGGGUGAUACAGACCUAAGAAAGACUUUCAAAGUUCGAUUGAAAAAAGAAGAAGACAGAAGCUUGGACAAAACAAAAGAGAAAGUUUUCAAAAUUGCCAAUCCAACUUUGCCAAGUACGAGUAACAGUCUUUCACCAAAAGCAUCGAUUAAGAAAAAAGUGAUUAAAACAAAUAAAGGCAAAGACAGUGGUACAAGCAGUGAGGAGGAAAGGUGGCUUGAUGCUAUUGAAUCCGGCAAAUUGGAAGAAGUUGAUGAUGAACUUAAAAAGAUCAAGCCCAAGGAUCCCAAGUUGAUGACUGCUAGACAGAGGGCAAUGUUUGAACGCAAGUCAGACACGGAGCCCAAUGCUGGUAUGGAACAACAGCUGAUGUCUUUGCCUACUGGUUACAAAGAAAAAGUCAUGACUGCAGAAGCCAUUCAGAAAGCUGCUUUAAAGUCAUUGAAACGUAAGCAACUUGCUGACGAAAAAAGGGAAAAAGAUAAGAAAAAAACUAUGGAGAGGCUGCUAAAAAAACAAGAAACGAAAUCUUCAAAAAUCGUAACAAAGAGCAAAACUUCAAGUAAACGUCAGGUUCCACUCAUAAUGUAUAAGAUAACUUUGGAAGGUAGUACAAUAUCUCUGCCAAUUGGAGAACGAUUUCCACUUCAAGCCGCAAAAGCUAAGGAUCCACCAAAACCUGUUUUAUGUGGUAAUCCAACAUGUUCUAAUCUAAAACGAUAUUGCUGUGCAAAAACUGGAAUACCGCUAUGCAGUUUGCUUUAUUUUUGUAGAUAAUUAGGCAUGACAAAUACAUGGGAACGCCUAUUGGUAUAAUUAAUAAUUACGUG